AAUGCCGAAUGAAGCGGAACACAAAAUUAUUAACACGAGAAAAUGACCGUGAUUGCGGUAGAGCACUAUGACUUAAUGACCUAAACCUAGAAACACUAGUCCGCUAACUCAAUCUGUGAAUUGCGUCCAUCAAACGGGAACAUGAAAUUACUUUCAAAUAUGACCCAUUCGAUUAUAGGAAUAAAUUGGGAAUAUUGUGAUCUACUGCUUGUAAGCACGAAAAUAUGAAAAUUAAACCGUAUCCUGGAAAAGUGGUCAUGGAGGACCCGUGGCUUUCGAUAAAUGACAGGACGAUGGACCUGGUGUACGCCGCCAACUGGGUCGGAGCAAGGAAUCUCAGCGAAUACAGGGAACACAGUAAUUCACCACCAAAAUCUCAAUUUAAUUCCAUAACACGAAGCGAAUCGUGCAGAAAUAUUAGCCGUAAUGCCGAACUAAAUGGCAGUAAAGAAUACUCAAGAGAAGACAAUAGAUACUCUUAUUCCAACAAUGUUCCUAAUGAAAAUAUAUCUCAGUUAGCCAAGUAUCAACAAAACAUCGAGGAAAAAGCUAGAGCGAACAAUAAUCUCAUCAUGCAGAAUAAGUUAAAACAUAGCUAUAGUUUUAAAGAUAUGCCCAAUGGAUAUAGACCAUCAACAUUAAAAAGGGUAAAACGAAGAAAUUUUACGGAAUGGGAUAUUGAAUCGUUUCCAUCCAAUGGGAAAUCACCACCUGUUCCACCACAACGCAAAGAUUCCCUCAAAUAUGCACAUCGGCAAAGAAAGAUUGACAAGAAACAUCCACUCCCAGAUCCAGGUCCUGUACCUCCAGACCCGUCAUCAGAAUCUUACUACGAAUAUUAUUCAAGAGUUAGUCAACAGGAUAAUAAUACUGAUAGCCAAAAACUUAAUCAUUUACAAAAAGAUCCAAGUAAGGAUACUAAACAAAACGGAACUGGAACUGUCAGAGGUUUUAACAACGACACAAUGUACCAAUUAAUAAACUCGAUGGCAACAUUAGAUUUAACGCCAAUAAAAUCCGGUAAAGAGAACACAGAUUGCGAAGCGGAAGAUUUGGGCAUAUACAUGCGACCCAUAAACGGCUUAGCAUCUGCAAGCAAUCGCCUAACUGAGAACACUACACAGCAUACGAUCGAACGAAACGGACGCAUCGAAGACGCUAAACCUAGUUUUCGUUCUAAAUCCCUGAGAGUUAAAAGCGAAGGGCGAGCACCUCUUCGAGCUUAUCUUGAUGUAGUUCAGCCUGACGGUGAGCCUCACAAUGGUGUCACUAUCACACAACCGAAAAGAAACAUAUCGCCAAGCGAACAGUUGAUAAUGAUGCAGUACAAAAUGUACAACGGAAACCAAAACCCUCCUACUUCAACUCCUGUGUCCAGUGGAUAUCAUUCGCUUGACAAAAUUAAAGAAAGUGAUAAUCGGACUACAAACGGUGUUUCGAAACAACUUAAGCCCGAUAAAUAUGGUAAAUUUUACAAUACAGUGAGAGUGAAAAGUGAUAGUAGGUACGAUAGGUAUAAUGACAUUACAGCUUUUGAGUCUCCUAAAGAACGUUCAGCGGAAUUACGCGUCACGAAUAAUAACGGUGUAUACUCAAGAAGUGCUAAAAGUUCCUCAAGCGGUUCAGAUUCGGACUUUUCUAUUCCUAGACCUAAGUUAAUUGUGCCAGUGCAUACUUAUGGAAUGAGAAAAAGGAGGACUGGAAAUCUUUGUCAGCGUGACAGCAAUGCCACGGAAGCGUCUUUAGAUGCCGGGGUUUUGUUGGAUGUUACUCUUUUGGAAGAAGAUACAAGUGACCAACUGGCUGGAGUCCAUAUUUCGUCUAAUGGCGAUUCAGAGGGCCGAGUGGAGGUGUCUCGAGAAAACAAAUACCUCAGCACCAUGGCGCCCGGCAAAGUGUUCGGCGAGUUGGCCAUCCUUUACAACUGCAAGCGAACGGCUACCAUCAAGGCGGCCACCGACUGCCGGCUCUGGGCCAUCGAGCGCCAGUGCUUCCAGACCAUCAUGAUGAGGACUGGGCUCAUCCGACAGGCUGAAUACACGGACUUCCUCAAGAGCGUUCCGAUCUUCAAGAACUUACCCGAGGACACGCUUAUUAAGAUCUCGGACGUGCUAGAAGAGACACAUUACCAGAAUGGAGAUUACAUCGUCAGGCAAGGUGCCCGAGGUGACACGUUCUUCAUCAUAUCUAAAGGACAGGUCAAAGUUACCCAGAAGCUACCUAAUAACGACGAGAAAUUCAUCAGGAGCCUCACUAAGGGAGACUUCUUCGGUGAAAAAGCGUUACAAGGCGACGACCUUCGAACAGCGAACAUCAUUGCUGACGCCCCCGAAGGCACCACUUGUCUCGUCAUCGACAGGGAGACCUUUAACCAGCUUAUCUCCACUCUUGACGAGAUCCGCACCAAGUACAAGGAUGAAGGCGAGAGCAGAGCUAGACUUAACGAAGAAUUCGCAAACUUGCGCCUCUCGGACCUGCGCAUCAUCGCGACCCUCGGCAUCGGCGGCUUCGGCCGCGUAGAGCUUGUCCAGAUCCAGGGAGACCCGACCAGGUCCUUCGCGUUGAAACAGAUGAAGAAGGCCCAGAUCGUUGAAACGAGACAGCAACAGCACAUAAUGUCGGAGAAGGAGAUCAUGUCAGAGAUGAACUGCGAGUUUAUUGUAAAGCUGUACAAGACGUUUAAGGAUCGGAAGUAUUUGUAUAUGCUGAUGGAGACGUGUCUUGGAGGAGAGCUGUGGACGAUACUCAGGGACAAAGGACAAUUUGACGAUGCAACUACAAGGUUCUACACAGCUUGUGUAGUAGAGGCGUUCCACUAUCUACAUUCUAGGAAUAUUAUAUACAGGGAUCUUAAACCCGAAAAUCUCCUCUUGGACUUCAAGGGCUACGUAAAGCUCGUGGACUUUGGCUUCUCAAAGAAGCUGCAGGCCAGCCGCAAGACGUGGACGUUCUGCGGUACUCCGGAGUAUGUGGCGCCUGAGGUCAUCAUGAAUAGAGGUCAUGACAUCAGCGCGGAUUAUUGGUCUUUAGGUGUCCUCAUGUUCGAGCUCCUCACGGGCUCGCCGCCGUUCACGGGCGCCGACCCGAUGAAGACCUACAACAAGAUCCUGAAGGGCAUCGACGCCGUGGAGUUUCCGCGCUGCAUAACCAGAAACGCGGCCAAUCUCAUCAAGAAGCUGUGCCGGGACAACCCAGCCGAGCGGCUUGGGUACCAACGAGGAGGCAUCACGGAGAUUCAGAAGCACAAAUGGUUCGACGGCUUCAACUGGGAGGGCCUGGCACAGCGCACCCUAGAACCACCAAUCAUGCCCGUGGUCAAGAACCCGGUGGACACGCACAACUUCGACCAGUACCCUCCUGAUGCCGACGAGCCGCCGCCGGAUGACCUCUCCGGCUGGGACGCCACCUUCUAAACAAUAAGGUGGUGCUUUUUACUAAACUACUUUCCAACCUCAAAGUGGCCCGAAAAAUAGCCUUUGAGAGCGAGAUAACCUUAACACUAUGUUUAUACUUUACCGAUCUAUUGUGGAAGAGGUUAUAGCCAUUUUGGGGUAGGAAACUUGUUUAUGAAAAAGACAUGGAUGAAUUGAAUUUAAAGAGUCCUAGAGACUCGAUAUUCGAGAACGCGACUGGCGAAGCUGGCCACGAGAGGUCGCUUUUGGCGUCACUGCGGGGUAAUGCGACUUAGGUUCGGAGAUGGCAAAAUCCUAAAGUUUAUUUAUUAAUACGAAGUUGUAUUCUCAAAGCUUGCCAACUUAAAUCUUUUAAAUUGCAAUUGUCAGAAAAAUCCUACGUUGCGACGUAGUUAAUGUUAUAUUGCCAUUAACAUUAGUUAAGUGAUUAUCGUUAUAUUUUAACAGGGUGACCGGAAUGCCAAAAUAUCGUGUUACCAUAUUUCCAAUAACAAAAAUACAUGUGAAUGUAUAUCAAUUUGCUAAAAUUAUUUAAUAACGUCUGUUUCCGUUAUUAUGUUACUUUACUUUUACCGACCUUCAACUUUUACCAUAGUGACCAUAAUAUAAUAACUAAGUAUAUUAUUAUAGAAUAUCCCUGUUUAAACCACUGGUGUUGAUGAUGUUAGGUGAGUAUGUUUUUAUUUAUUCUUCUUCCGUGUAUUGGCCGAUUAUUUUUGUAUAUAAUUCACAGUUUAUAAAACUGAAUCUAAUAGUUGACAACGUGUUAACGCAUAAGGCGUUAAGUGUGUAAUAAUACACACUACAAUAAUUUAAUCAAUUAUCAAUUACUGAACAUUGUUUAAAACGUUUCAUUCAUUCCGCGUGUAAAAUUUGAAACUAUGUUACUUUUGUUAUAUCUUUUAAUUCAGCAUGGUGCUCAAAUGGUGUAUAAAAGAGUUUACUAUUUUUAUAUUACCUAACAAUAUACAUAACCACAUUAUGUUUUAAAUAUUAAUUAUUUACUAGGAAUAAAAAUAAUUUAUGAAUAUAUUUUAAUAUCCAAAAGUCCACUAAUCUUUUGUUUAGUAUUUUAUCUAUGGUAAAUGUCCUUAUGUUUGACAUCAACUGUUAGCACUGUUGUAACCUAUAUUGCUAAAGAAUGAAGGUGGCAACUAUUGGGCUAGUGCCAAGUACUGGGACAUUUACGUUAUUAAAGUUUAGUUUGUCAUGUACUAAACGUAGGUUGCUUUCUCUACUGAUAGCUAUCUCGUAAACAUGACAUAUUGUAAGAUUGUUAAGGCUAUAAUUAUAAAUCGGAAUAAUUAAAGUCAAUCUAGUUCUAAGUCUUCCAUUUAACAACACGUCAUUGUAAAUAUCCUAUUAGUAAAAUUCGAUAACGUUAUAAAUAACAUUUAUGAUUAAAUUGUGUAUGAAUUUGUAAGUAAAAAUUGUUUUUCAAACGUGAAUUUAUGAUGUUAUAAUUAUGAAAUAUAUUUUUUAUUUAUAAGAACACUAUUUUUGUAAUCAGUUUAGUAAUUACGCGAAUAUUUGAGAAAGUAUGUAAAAUAUACUUUAGUUUAAUAAA